AUUUUCUAUUGCUUAACAUUCGUUAAGUCCAAAAGCCGACUCACCCUGCUUGUAAUUUAUUUUAUCUCUGGCAACGUUUUAUUAUGUAGGAAGGCAUGUUGUUACCUUUAAAUUAUGGUAAUAAUAGAAGGUUUUUUUCCUUCAGGUUGAGUUAAUAUCCAAAGACAUGUUUCUUUUAAAAUAUGACAAUUUAGGAAUGUAUGUUCCCUUUAGGUUGCGAUUAUGUCGUCAGGUUUGUUCCCGUUAGAUUUUUGUAAUAUUAGAAGGAUUGUUCCUUAUCGAUUAAGGUAAUUCAUGGGAUUAGAACAACAACCUAAUUGUGCCAAUUGUCAGCGAAAGCACAGGGCAUCAGAUCUAAGCUGCUCAUGUCGGAGUGAAGCAAUUAAAUGGAUAAAAGAUCUAACAGAUUAUGGAUGUAACCAUCAUAAUCGGUGUCCUUAUUGCAUCAGGAGUUUCGGUACUCUAUUUACUAUACUCAACACUCUAUUUAGUUACCCAUGAACUCCUUUGUCCUAUACUUUUUUUAGUUGUUUUCUUUCCACCCAUCCUCUGAAAUAUGGGUUAUAAAUAAAUAUCUCAUAAAUAUAUUCAUAUAACUUAUUUAUGUCUAUUUUUAAAUUGGUUGACAUCCGGGUGAUGUUUACCAUUUUCUAGAAGACGUGUAGAAGAAUAAUUUUUCAUGCUCGUGAUUAUGAAUAUGAGAUGCCAUGGAAUCAUUAAUGCAUAUCUAUAAAAGCAUUAAGAUGUGUUGGUUGAUCAGUUCGAAACCAUGAAGGGUCUGCUACCCAUCUUACUAGUUUCGGCGUUGGUUGGAGGAUCUCGUGGCCUAUUUCUUGGUGGCGGCGCAUCAGCGCAAGGGCAAACAGGUUUGAGCUCAGGACUGGGUUUGUCGACAUCAGGAUUAGGAAAUUUACUUUCAAACUUAGGAUUAAAUCUAGGAACUUCGGCAGGUGAAAAAUCAUCUUCGCAAGGUGGUAGCGGUGGCGCAUCAUCACGGGGCCAAACAGACUUGAGCACAGGAUUGGGUUUGUCAACAUCAGGAAUAGGAAAUUUGCUUUCUAAUGUGGGAUUAAAUCUUGGAGCUUCAGCAGGUGGCAAGUCAUCUUCUCAAGGAAAAGGUUACUAUGAAGGUGAGGGACAGACUCAAGGAGGUGCACAAGCAGGACUAUCUGCAGGAGGAUCUGGGCAAGGAGGAGCUUCAAGUCGUCCAACUUAUUACAAUAAUAGACCAUCUGGAGAUACUGGACUUAAUGCUGAUUUGUCACUCCAAACUGGUGGAUCUGGAGCAUCAUACAGACCUCAAAGGCCCAGUAACUACCAAUCAGGCCAAACUCAGGGCGGAACUCAAGCAGGACUAUCAUUGGAAGGACAAGCAAAUACUCAAGGACAGGGCCAAUAUGGAACUGGCGGACACGGUAGACCAUCUGGUGGAGCAGGAGGAAACGGCCAGGGAGCAGCUCAAGUAGGACUAUCAUUGGAAGGCCAAGGAAAUACUCAGGGUCAGGGCCAGUUUGGAGCUGGUGGAUACGGUAGGCCGUCUAGUGGAGCAGGAGCAAAGGGUCAGGGAGGAGCUCAAGCAGGACUAUCGUUGGGAGGAGGUUCCAAUGGACAGGCUAAUACUCAAGGUGAAGGCCAGUUUGGAGCCGGUGGAUACGGUAGACCAUAUGGUGGAGCAGGAGCUAAAGGUCAAGGAGGAACUCAAGCAGGACUUAAUCUAGGUUUGGAUGGAUCAGCUUCUGGCGGUGGUUUGCUUGGUUUAGGAGGACUUCUAGGUUAAUACAACAAAUAAACUUAUAUUUUCAUAAACUUAAG